AUGUGCGUCAGGUGCCCUUCCAUCUCUCACUCUGCAUGCGUCGCAGCUAAUUCCUCCUUCCGCAACUUCCAGUGCCCUCCCUGCUCCCAACCCACAUUCUCCUUCUUUAACCUCAGCCGCCAAAACGACUGCCAAGAAGCCAAAACAACAAUCGUGAUCGACAAGGACGCAGCCAAGGCCAUCUUCGCCGCGGCCAGGAUCGCAGCGGCUGUGAUGACUGAAGCUGCCGUCGUCGCCAGGGGCACGGCCGAGAGCCAGGUCAAUGACGCCAUCACGGCGAAAAAGAAGGCCAGAGAGGCCUUGGAACGACUCACGUCUCUUGUCAACAUGGAAAAGGAGAAGGAUUUGAAGAGUGGAGAUUUUGUUUCGGCGCCUGAGAGCCUCAACGUGAAACCUAAAUUGGAGGGUCCUGGUGCAAUUCAAGUGGCGUCCAAGAGUUCUGACCCUGAGGGAACCAAUGGGUUGCCUGGUGAUCAGUUGAAAACCAGUCGUGCUGAUCCUAUGGAAGAAGACUGA